UCUGCUCCCUCUCUCUCUCUUCCCCCUCUCCUUCUCUCUCCAUAAAACCCCUCCCUAAUCCCCACUUCUCUAACCCUCCUCUCUCUCUCUCAACUCCAUCUCCCGACCUCAUUCUCUGCUUUCUAUUCUCUCUCUCUCUCUCUCUCUCUCUCAUAUACAUAGUUAGUUACAUACUCAACUCGUAAAACUUUCUAUCACACAAGCACCGAUAGAGACGGCGGAGGCAAAAAUAAUGCCAUCAGAAUCCGGCGAUCGACGACAGGCGAAACCUCAACACAUGGGUGCUCCACCGCCUGAACACGAGCAUCUUCCAUGCCCACGCUGCGACUCUACCAACACCAAGUUCUGCUACUACAACAACUACAACCUGUCGCAGCCCCGUCACUUCUGCAAGUCCUGCCGCCGUUACUGGACCCAGGGCGGCACCCUCCGUAACAUCCCCGUCGGUGGUGGUAGCCGCAAGAACGCUAAACGCUCUCGCACCUCCUCUUCUUCCGUCGCUCCCCACGACCCCAUUCCUGCAAACCCCGUUUCGGUCUCCCUCCCCGCUGAUCCCGAGCUGUCGUUACCUACACGUAGUGACCUAAGCCUCGACGUCAACAUGUCCGGCAGCUUUACUUCUUUGCUGAACACGCAGGGCCCAGGAUUCUUGGCACUCGGAGGGUUCGGGCUAGGCCUCAGCUCUGGGUUUGACGAUCUGGGUUUUGGGCUGGGUCGUGGCACCUGGCCCUUGACGGAGGCUGCCGAUGUUGGUUGCGGGGCUAGCGCCACGGGUGGUGGUCUUAACAGCUGGUCUCUUGGUACAAAUGAAGGUGGCUUCGUAGAAGGUGAUUGCUUUGCUUGGCCGGACCUCGCCAUAUCUAUGCCGGGAAAAGGUCUGAAGUGAUUCUUCCGUCCUGUUGUUGGGUCUUCUUUUUUAUCAUUUCCCUCGUUUCAUUUAAGAGAGUAGAAAUGUGUCGAACAUGAUGGUUUCAGGUAUUUACCUUUUCGGGGUCUUUGCUUGAUGGAUAUAUAGAGUAUAGACUACAGAUAGACAGAGCAAAUCAGAAAUGAGUGUACGUAUUAGGAUGAUUUUUACUUCCUUUUUUGUGGAUUUCAGGGUCAGGUUAUUGAUAUUAGUUUUUCUUUCUUUUUCUUCUGGAGGGUUCUGUAAAUGCUUGGUUCUGCAUUGAACAAAUUGGUGAAAAGAAGAUACGAUCGAAGAAGAGCAGAUUGUUUCUACUUUUCACUUUUAGGACGUUUUUUUUUGUUUCUCGUUGCGAACUCUACUGCGUUGAAGUUUCAAUCAAUGCACUUGGUUUGAUUUUUAAAUUUCUAAUGUUCUUUUUUUUU